AUGACCUCCAGUACUGUCGCAUCUGACAAUUCGCCACAGCCAAAUGGUCACGGUGAGAAGAGGAAGGCCGACGAUGAUGCGAGCAACGCUGGACAAGCACAUACCCGCUCCAAAAGGAACAGAUACAUUUCCAUCGCGUGCAAUGAGUGCAAACGCCGCAAGAUCAAGUGCAAUGGGCAAACGCCAUGUCAGCGGUGUGGGAAUCUCUCGCUCGAGUGCGUUUAUGCACCAAAUUGCUGCACCAAUUCACUCAAGGACUCGGCGGAAUUCCGCCAGAUGCGCGAUCAUAUAACCUCGCUGCAAGAACAGGUCAACGAUUUAUAUGCUAGUUUGAACGAGCUGCGAAAUCGACCAGAUACAAGCUAUGUCGGUGCCCUUGACCCUCAAUUCUCGCAAGAAGGCUCUACUCGCAGCAUGUCCAUAUCUGUUCCCCGUACACUGCCUCCUCUCAUCUCGCCCAAAAGACCUUCCAAAGGGCUACCGCAGUUUCACGGCCCGACCAGUACAUUAUAUGGUUUGGAUGUGGCCAAAUCCUCCUUGCAAACCAUGGGCAUCACGCACAAUAUGGUGGAUGAAGGCCUAGGGUCUGCAGACAGAAGUCGUGCAGCUUCACCAAUUCCAACGUCGCUGCCACCUCAUCCAUCCAAGGAUCCGCUGUGGCUGAUCGAUUACAAUGAAGUGGCUCGAAUUCUACGCGUUUACGAGGAAGAGAUAGGUAUCAUGUACCCCGUGAUAGAUGCGGAGAAGGUCUUACAACAUGCACAAUCUCUGUACAAGUUUAUCGGUGCUUCCCUUCGGACAGGCCUUGGUCAGCCAGGACUCCCAGGUGCUGAUACAUUUGAUGAUGAAGAAACCACCAUUCUCAAGAUGCUUCUUGGGAUCACACUCACAGUCGAAGGCCAUGGUCGCAGUGAACUUGGCCAAAGGUUCUUCGAUGCAGCAAAGCCUGCCACUGAUUUGAAGCUUGUCACCUCGAUCGACUUGAAAUCAGUGAUUUUGGUUGUUCUUACAGCAACCUAUUACUUCCAGAGGGAUGAAGAGGCUCAAGCCUGGCGUUUCAUUGGGAUUGCAGCUCGCAUGUGCAUUGAGAUGGGGCUGCAUCGCAAAGAAACAUUGCUCAAAUUAUUCAACAAUGAGGCUGAGUAUCAACAUGCUAUUAGAAUAUUCUGGACAGUUUAUGCUUUAGACCGCCGUUGGAGUUUCGGAACAGGCAUGCCUUUUGCUUUACAGGAUGCGGAUAUUGAUCCCGGCUUGCCAGAACCUGAUGAGAGUCGCCCAUACCUCAAACAUAUUACGAAAUACAACCAGAUCGCUACAAAGGUAUGGUACCAUAACCUUGCAUAUGAUGGAGGACAGCAGACAAAGAAGGACGAAAUUGGAUUCUUGGAUUAUCAAAUCUUGCAGUGGUACGAUCAACUUCCGGAUGCCUUGCAGUUCAACAGUCGAGAUAUUAUUCGUGAGAAUGAAAUACCUGGACGGGGCGCUCGACGCUUGAGGUUGUUGAUGUACAUGCGUAGAAAUCAGGCACGCAUUUCAAUAUACCGGCCCAUACUCCACUCGGCAACGAGUAUUAUGGAACAUCGACAUUACGCACAGAACGUCGUCGAUGUGGCGAAAGAUACAAUCAACACCUUGACGGGAGUGAAUCAGAUUUCGGAUAUUUACAAGACGCAACAGCAGCUCUACAAUUACUUUUUGGUGCAAGCUUUGGCUGUACUUUUCCUAUCGGUCGCGCAUGCGCCAGCAGUCUUCUGUACCCAAACCAGAACAGAAUUCUAUGCUGCCAUUGAGCUCAUCAAAGGAUUCAGCACCAAAUCACAUGUAUCAAAAAGGCUGUGGCGUACGAUCCGAGGACUCAAAGACAUUGGUGACAAACUCGCACUCAUAGCACGAGGAGGAGGCGCUGGGAUGAACGAUCCUGAUCAGGAUGCCCAAUCCGACGCGGCUGUUGCAAUGGCUGGUCUGGCUGGUCACAAGGUGGACUACCAUGGCUACAAUGGCAAUGGGCAUAGACUCAAUGGUGGUGAAGAACUCGGGGUCAGCCCGGAUGAUGCCUUACAAAUGACCAAUGAGUUGUCUAGCUUAUUUGAACUGGCUGGUGGAUACGGCGCGAAUACUCCUGGCCCCGACGCGUUCAACUACGUCGGUUCUAACGCAGACCUUGGAGAGGGAUUUAAUGUAUUCGGCAACGAGCCGGCAUUGACACGGAUCAUGAACGAACUGUUUUAG